UGGAAACUUUGCAGUCGCGGCUUCGCAUAUGUUUUUAUUGCUGCUUAUCUGUUUUUAUUGUUAUUAGGGGAUAAAAAAAAUGAUAUUCUUAUUCAGAAUUUUUCGUGUAAGAUACACCGCGUUUAAUUAAAGCAAAAUCAAAGAAUAAGAUAACUUAUGCUAAGGAUAUUUGCACAAACGAAGGCAGAUCCUAUCGUUUAAUUACAUUCAAGAGGAAUCGAAUCUUAUCGAAAAGGAGAAGGAAAGAAGGACAGGAUAGCGCGGAAAAUUGCAUUUGCGUGAAAAUGAAGUUACUAGCAGCGGAAUAUUAAAGAGAAAAGAAAUCGGUGAAAAUGAAAGGCGAAGUCCCGUAAUUGAUGACGCAAAUCAAAUCUUGCCCAGAAGAAUCAUUAUCGCCGGUUAACCUUCGCUUUGACGGAUCCAUCUGAAGUAGCAUAGGAGAUAUCUGCAGGGGAUAUCGCGUAGACAGCGAAAUCGUACACGGCGGGUCAACGGGUCGUAGCCGAUAAUGCUUUUGUUUGAUACGAUUACGGUAUAAAAGACUGCACCGCAUCGGUGAACAGCAUGCGGCAGACGGCAUUGACAGCAUCACAAUGAGGUGCGCGAUCGUUCUACUGGCUCUGGCAGCUUUUGGGGCGGCUCUACCCCAACAGCAGCAGCAACAACAACAGAGACAACGUGCUGCUGAUCAGGAACUCUUGAAGAAGCAGCAGGAAAUUAUUCUGCUGUUGCAACAGAUUACCCAAGAAAUCCCGAACGAACAGCUGCAGAUCCUUGGCAGCACCUACGAUAUCGAAAGCAAUCUUAAUCAAUACGAAAACCCGCUCCUCGUUAAAUACUAUGUGGGCGCCGUACAAGCUGGCUUGGUUCAGCCCAAAGGCACUCCUUACACGAGCUCCAUCAGCCAGCUUCGUAAGGAAAUCUCCCUUCUGCACAGAAUUCUGUUAGGCACCAAGAACUACCAGACGUUGCUGGCGACCGCCGCAUGGGCCCGCGUCCACGUUAACGAAGAACAAUUCGUCAAGGCUUUCAUCGCGGUUGUUCUGCAGCACCCAGAAACUCAGGGUAUCAUCGUGCCGCCUCUAUACGAAAUCACUCCCCAGCUCUACUUCGACGCUAGAAUUAUCCAGCAAGCCCAGAACAUCGCCGCGCAAGGCGUUCAGGUUCAUGUCGGCCAGCAGAACUCCGUUGUUAUUCCUGUUAACUACACCGCCAAUUUGCUCGGUGAGCAACAGCUCUCCUACUUCACGCAAGACGUCGGCCUUGCUAACUAUUACGCUUUCGUGAACCUCGCUGGAUACAUGCUGCCGGAACAGCAACAGACCCCGGUGCAGCACCAGCAACAGCAAAGCGUUCACUCUCAGGAGAGCCAGACUGGCCAGGGAUCUCUCUACUAUUAUCUUAACCAACAGCUGCUGGCCCACUACGAACUGAACCGUCUCACGAACGGACUCGGCCCGAUCCAAGAGACCGACUUCGUCAACGUGCAGGCGCCGUAUCAGCCGCACCUCCGACACAUCAACGGAGUCGAGAGUCCUGGACGCUCUGACAAUCUUCACCUCACCAACAACAAUCUCAUCCAGAGUGUUAAGAAACUAGAGCAAAGACUGAUUGAAGCUAUCGACUCCGGCCAUGUCAUCACCCCGCAAGGCACCUUCCUCUCGCUCUACCAGCCGCAAGGUCUGAACAUUCUUGGAGAUCUCAUCCAGGGUGCCGGCAGAAGCGUUAACCCAAGGUACUACGGCAGUCUUCAAGCCGCCGCGCGCCAACUCCUCGGCAACGCCCCUCAAGUGCAGAACAUCUACGAUUAUACUCCCUCCGUUCUCGAAUUGGGACAAGUCGCCGUUCGAGACCCGGCCUUCUACCAGCUCUACAAGAAAGUUAUCCAGCUGUUCCAGCAUUACCAGAACUCUCUGCCCGCGUACCAGUACAACGACAUCGUUCUGCCCGGCGUCACCAUCCAGAACGUUCAGAUCAGCCCACUCGUGACUCUCUUCAACGACUACUACGUCGAUCUCGAUAGCGCCGUUCAUCAGCCGACCAAUCAACAGCAGCAGGUCCAACAACAAACCCAACCGCUCCAGCAGCAAAUCCACUCUCAGCAGUGGCAACAACAAGUCCAACAGCAACAACAGCAGCAGCAGCAGCAGCAGCAUAUUAAAGCACAAGUGAAGAGAUUGGACCACCAGCCAUACGAAUAUGUCAUCACCGUCCAGAGCGAGCAGAACAUCCCCGGUGCCGUCGUCCGCGUCUACUUGGGACCGAAAUAUGACUACCAAGGCAAACCCGUCAGCAUCUCUCAACACAGGCACCAAUUCGUCGAACUUGAUCAAUUUAUAACCGACCUUGAGCAAGGACAAAACAUUAUCAACAGACAAUCCCAGCAAGCAUCGGGCCAGAGCUUCGACUACCCGUCUAUUCAGCAAAUCCAGCAGAACAUCAACAGCGCUACUCACGCCCAGGAGCCGUUCUUCAUUACUGAACCGCACCAAGUCUUCGGUUUCCCGGCUAGGCUUACUCUGCCCAAGGGUCAGCCGCAAGGAGUCCCGCUCCAAUUAUUGGUCGUGAUCUCUCAGCCAGGACAACUGUCCGUUCCUUACGGACCGGUGAUUCCGGAACAAAUCCAGACAUACCAGCAGAAUGUCUACCAAGUAGUUGACACCGAGGUAUACCCUCAGCGGAUCCAGCAACAAAGCAACGUCGGCAUUUCGCAGACCGUGGAGGUCGUGCCCGAGAACCUGCCGAUCAGCCAGCAGAACAGCCAAGUUGUGAGGAACCACUAUGCUAACCUCUACACUCAACAACACGGACAGUACCCGUACUCUCACGGCCAAUUCCAAGUCGGCCAGGGACAGGGACAGAUGCAGGGACAAGUUCAGGGACAGAACGUGUGGCAACAGGGCCUGCAAGGACAGCAGGGACAGCAGGUGCAGCUGGGACAACAGGGUCUGCUCCAGGGACAACAGGGUCUGCUCCAGGGACAGCAGGGUCUGCUCCAGGGACAGCAGGGUCUGCUCCAGGGACAACAGAAUCUGCUCCAGGGACAGCAGAGUCUGCUCCAGGGACAACAGGGACAACACACUCAAGGACAGCAACAGUGGGGUCAGCCUCAGGGCAUCCUCCAAGGACAGCAAGGUAACAUUGUAGAAAUCCAGGGAGUGCCAACCGGCGUGCAAGGCGUGCAGCCGGGCGUGCGGCAGGGCGUGCGUGGCGUGCAGGGCGUUCAAGGCGCGCAAGGAAUCCACGGACUGCAAGGAAUACAGAGUGUCCUCAGCGGUCUUCAUGGAAUACAGAACAAGUACCGCACCACUUAUCAGGGACAGAGCCAGCAGCAGCAAGGGCUGAACGUGAUGUACACCGGUAGCGGACAGCACCACGCCGGCGGCUGGCAAGGCAUCCUGAGCCAGGGACAAAAGGCGCAGGACACGCAUGUCGGCAGACAUCACCAGAACAAGCACAUCUCCCAGGUCAUCGGUGGCGCUGUCUCUCUCGACGGCAAGCCUCUCGGCUUCCCGUUGGACAGACCCUUGACCACCGGCGCCCUUUCGGUCCCCAACGUUCACGUCCAUACCGUCUAUGUUUACCAUCAAGGCCAGCCCACCAACGAAGUGUACUCUCAGUAAAUUGUUCCUAUAAAUCAGGUAUAAGCCGCGGACAUCGUCGGAUGUAACAAUGCUCGACCGAGAGCCCCCCUUUUUCAUUCAAUGUCAGAAAAAGACUUAUUGAUUUAUUGUAGCAAACGCAAUUAAUAAAUUGCCCCAAAACGUA